GAGGCCGCGAUGGAGCGCAGCCCGGGCGGGCACCGGCGCUGGAGCCCGAGUGCCGGGCGGAGCGGGAGCCUCAGCCGGAGCCGCAGCCUCAGCCCGCGCCAGGCCGGGGCAGGAGCCCGCAGGGCCGGGCUGCUCGCAGCGGCGGCGCCCGAACCCCCCAGCGGCUGAGCGGUGACCUCCAUCCUCGCACGCGGCUGCUGGGACGCAGCGACCGAUCCAACCCGGGCCCCCCAAGAUCUGCUUGCUACAACCGCACACCUCAAGACACAGAGAGACCCAGGCUUGGGGCGCUAGCCUCCCUAAUCCGCUACUCCGGCACACAGGGACCCCAAACCUAGGACAGCAAGAUCCUCUUGCUAACGAGAAGCCGCGGGCACCCCAAAGCCUCGGGACCCGGGCGACCAAGCCCCUUGCGACGCCUUCAGCGUCCCGGCUCAUGGUGGUAGUGGUGCCCUGAGCCCCUCUCGGGCCGGGCAGACGAAGAUCGACACGGCGCCCAGGCCCCCUGCCGCGGCGUCCCCGCGGCCCCAGCCCAGGUAAGUGGGACCCAGGUGAGGGGCGGCAGGUGAGUGGUACCGAGGUCCCUAGAGUCCUGCAGGUGGGGAAGGAAGUCCAGAGUGCGCGCUCCCCCUCCUCAGCGUCGCCAUGGAGCCGAGGCUGAAGGACGUCUCUUUGUGUCUCGCUUGGAGGAGCCGCCCCCUCCUCCUCUCCCUUCCCCCACCUUCCACCCCAACCCUGAGAUUUGGGCACAGCUUCGGACCCCGGGAGAGAGGAGUUGCGACGCCCUGGAGAGGGGUUAGAAGGUGGAGAGUCUCCCCGGAAUAGCCUGGAGCCUUAGACCUUAGGUCCUUUGAAGAAUAAAGACACGUAACUAUCAUCUCCCAAAGACCAAGCUGAGUUCUUAAGUGACACCCACCCUCCCCACAGGAAAGAGAAAAUUUGGGGCGCCCAAAGGGAGAAGAUGAGCGUGGGCUGCCCUGAGCCUGAACCGCUCCACUCCCUGCCUUGCUGUGGGCCGGGGGCCGCCCCUGUACCAGGUGCAGGUGUGCCCCUCCUCACAGAAGACAUGCAAGCGCUGACCCUACGCACACUGGCUGCCAGCGAUGUUACCAAGCACUAUGAGCUUGUGCGGGAGCUGGGCAAAGGGACCUACGGGAAGGUCGACCUGGUGGCUUACAAGGGCACAGGCACUAAAAUGGCCCUGAAAUUUGUGAAUAAGAGUAAGACAAAGCUGAAGAACUUUCUGCGUGAGGUGAGCAUCACCAACAGCCUGUCGUCUAGCCCCUUCAUCAUCAAGGUCUUUGACGUGGUCUUCGAGACCGAGGAGUGCUAUGUCUUUGCCCAGGAGUAUGCACCUGCUGGGGACCUGUUUGACAUCAUCCCUCCUCAGGUGGGGCUCCCAGAGGACACGGUGAAGCGCUGUGUGCAGCAGCUGGGGCUGGCGCUGGACUUCAUGCACAGCAGGCAGCUGGUGCACCGUGACAUCAAGCCCGAGAAUGUGCUGCUGUUUGACCGUGAGUGCCGCCGUGUGAAGCUGGCUGACUUCGGCAUGACGCGGCGCGUGGGCUGCCGUGUGAAGCGCGUGAGCGGCACUAUACCGUACACAGCACCCGAGGUGUGCCAGGCUGGCCGCGCCGAUGGCUUCGCGGUGGACACGGGCGUGGACGUGUGGGCCUUUGGCGUGCUCAUCUUCUGUGUGCUCACUGGCAACUUCCCGUGGGAGGCUGCAUCGGGUGCGGAUGCCUUCUUCGAGGAGUUCGUGCGCUGGCAGCGGGGUCGCCUGCCGGGGCUGCCAUCGCAGUGGCGCCGUUUUACCGAGCCUGCGCUGCGUAUGUUCCAGCGGCUUCUGGCGCUAGAGCCUGAGCGGCGUGGGCCCGCCAAGGAGGUCUUUCGCUUCCUCAAGCACGAGCUCACAUCCGAGCUGCGGCGGCGGCCUUCCCACCGCGCACGCAAGCCGCCUGGGGACCGCCUGCCAGGGUCCCUGCGCCUUGAGGCUCCCGGGCCACUCAAGCGCACUGUGCUCACCGAGAGUGGCAGCGGCUCGCGGCCUUCCCCACCCAGCGUAGGGCCCGUGGUACCCGUGCCAGUGCCAGUUCCAGUACCCGUGCCUGAGGCUGGUCUGGCUCCGCCUGCACCCCCGGGCAGGACCGACGGCCGCACGGACAAGAGUAAAGGGCAGGUGGUACUGGCCACGGCCAUCGAGAUCUGCGUCUGAGCCGCUGCAGCGCAGCUGCUGCGGGGAAGCCGCGCGCUCUAACCCGUACUGGGGACAAGGAGCAGUCUCUGCGCGGCAGUGGGAAGGAGUAGCGUAGACUAGGAGGCCCAGACACCCCGGUCGGUGGUGGGCUGGUGACAUAGCUAGUAAAUGACCAUGCGUACGGCCGGCCUCAGCCUAGAGGAGCCGAGGCCCCUGACAAAGGCUGGGAGCUUGUGGGCCAGACUCUGAGCUCUGGAACCUGAACACUCCUGGCGCUUCAUACCCCUUGGCAGAUAACCCUACAGUAUUCCAUCCAAACCUGGGCACAGAAAGGGGGCUUUGGUGUCGGGCAGAUAUGGGCAUGAGAUCGAUCCUUAGAAACUGGCAAAGGACAGGCACUGGGUUGAUAACAGUGGUCUCCAGGAGGUCAGAGGAAGAGGCCAAGCCCUUUAAAUGUAGCAAAAGUUGUGUGCAGGAACAGACCCGAUUAUCUAGUGAUACCCCUCACUUCUUCCUGCUGAUGGGAACUUUGAACCCAGGAGGGAGAGCUAUUACUGCAGCCACGAGGCUUUUGGGAACAGAGCUCCAAUGUGUGCCCCUCCUGGGAGUAAGGGAGCAGAUGGCUGGGGAACAGGAGGCUCGGCACUCCUGUGUCCCCAGGGCAAUGGAGUCCAUGCACAGCCCAGCUGCUCCCUCCAGAGCACUCCACAAGCAGGGAAACAGUUGUGACAGCUACUCCUGGGUUUCUGUUGCCGUCACAUGUCAGCCUGGGUUCUAGGCCAGUACCCUUUCAGGGGCAGAGCAGGUCACUGAAGUGAGGAGGGAGUGUGAUGUGUGUCUAAGUGUCCAGACACCUCACCAGGCAGCUGCCAAGAGCCAGGCCUCUGUUUUAGCACACUCCUCAGGGAACCCCAGGAGGUACCUGCUGUUGGCUCCGGUUCUUAGGCAGCAAAGCAGGGAUCCACCCUGCCCCGGCUCUCCUUUGGGACCCUACACAAGAGGCUUGAGGGACCCUUGCAAUAACCUCAACACAGGCAGGCUGUGCCUUCUGCCUGGCGCCACCCAACUGGCCAGCCUGGGCUGCCUCUCCUAGGGUCCCUCCAAAAAGUUCCGGGUCAUUCAAGGAGGUUCCAUCUUGGGGCUGGCUGGCUAGCUAGCUACAAGGGGCACCAACCACCCCUCAGCCUGGAGCCCCCCACCUCUACACACCCCCUUACUCCCACCACAAAGGGCUAUAGGUCUCCCUGCCCUGCCUGAGUCCAGUUUACAAACUGUGGUUGCUCCAGGGCCUGGUCCUACUCUCCUGGGGUGCCACCACUUCCCUAGUGGACACAGGGCCACAUAUGCCAGGUAAGUAGCAAACCCCUCCUCCUGCCAAGAGCCGAGUCUCAGAAGGCCCCCAUCACUGCCCUGGCCCACCUGGGGCCAUUAGGCCCUCCUUCCCAGCCGCUGCCUCUCCUCUUGCCUUAGGCCUCUCCACCCUGAUCUGCAAUAACAAGGAAGCGAGAUUCCACGGUAGACAUCCCGCAUCCCACAAGCGCCCCUCUCUGUUGAGAUCCUGUGUGGGAGGCUUCUCCCUUGUAGUAUCUAGGAUGGUAGUCCUCAGAAGAGACCUUAGGUACGUAGCCCAGCCCCAUUGUUUAGAGGCAGCAACCAGCCUGACCUGGAACAGGACUCGGACUGGGUCAGCCUCUGCUCUUGCCACCGCUGGUACUGUCUCUGUCGGUUGGGUUGGGACCCUUUGCCCCUUAGGAGAGGUGUUGGUUACAGAUGUUUACCUCAGUUUGAAGAAACAAAACUGUUGAAGAAACAAAUAAUAAUAAUAGCAAAAAAUUAGUAACACGGUAGACAUGGAGGCUUAGAAGACAAACCACAGAGGAAACCUCCCCCUUUACAAGUUUUCUGUGAAGUACAGUUUGUUCACGUACGCACACAUAUGUGUGCAUCUCUGUCUCACCCCAGGGCAGGCCAAAUCAUCUAUUGACACCUGUCCCAGCCUGUGUGUCCCUCACACUGCCCCCUGUCCUUUGGUGCUUCCCAGGGGCCCCUUUGAGCUGGCUUGUGGGGUAUAGGAGAGCUCCCCGGAUGGGAAGUGAGGCCUCGGGUUAGCUAGAGGUCUCCCACCAGGUUCUGUGAGCAGAGAGCCCUAUGACUGUGAUGUUCCCUGAGCCCACAGGACAGUCCUGGUGGCUGGCAACAGUGUCCAGUUCUGGGGCAGAGCCUGGGUUGUUCUCACGCAGUAGAGCCUCACACCCCUGUCUCGCCUCUCCUACCCCAUGUGUUUGUAAAUACUCUGGCUUCCUUUGGCCCUGAGGAGGUUUUUAAAUGUGUUAUUUACUUCUCUAACUAUGACAAUUGCUAUAAAAUAAAAAUUUAGAAAAAUGA